AUGGGUCACACUUGCAGGAAAGAUUCGAUCUAUGACCUGGCAGAGGAAGAACUAGUUAACCAUUCGCCUACUCUUGGGUCUCCAUGGGCAUUUUCAUCUUCUUUGAGUGGCGCUGGGCUGGCGGGGGAGAAUGCGAUUACGGACAGUGCUUCCGAGUCUUCAAAAGGUGAUAUGAGAGCUUGUUUUGAUCCUUUCUCGAGCAAUGCUUCCGAGGAUUCAGAGGCUACUUGGUCUUUUGAAAAGAUCUCCACCUUUACGGGAUUAUCGGUAGCUGAAUUUGCUGCCCAGGUGUCAGCAACUGCUGAGGAAACUCUAAGACGAAUGUCUGGCGAUAUGCUCAUAUCGGAUACUCUUGCCUUUAAUCCUGGUCCUUUGCAGACCCCUGAUGAGUACAUAAAUAUGAAUCAGAUUUCUACCUGGUUACCCUCGCGGACUCGGACUCCACCUUUGGCCCUUCCGCUGGCUGAUAUCAACAUGCGACACCUAGAAUCAUCCUGGAACUCGGAUUGUGUGGGAGUCAACCCCGCUGAUAUUUAUUCUGUGCCUGUAACUGCUCCAGACAUAGUCCCGGAACGUCUUUUUCUCCUUCAUCCAGAUGAUGUAUCUUCAUCUCACAAGGAUACUUGCUUAAAAUCUUCCCCUGAUAAUUCAGUUGGUACUCCGGAGACUGGAUCUCAUCUUGACGCAACCACUCCAGGCCCAGAUACCGCUUCUCCAUAUGAAGAACAUACCAACUUGACGUUAGCCAGAUCUAAGCUCCAAAAUUCCGAGCAAAUAAGUGAUGACGAACCUUCCAUUUUCCCAAGUCCAUCCAGCUCUGAGUAUUCUCCUCCUUUAAAACCUUUGGGGAUAAAAAGAAACCAAUCUUCUAGGAUCACUACAAGAAGAAACACGCGUAAAUCGGAGGCAGAAGAACCUGAUAGUUUUCCGGAGUACCAGGAUAAUGAGCAGUAUAAUCAUGUCCCCUUGAAUUUGGGAACUCCUGUUUUCGACGCUCACCGGGGAAUCGACAUCGAAGACCUCAAGGCUAAGGCUGAAAGAUAUCGCUUAAGGAAUCAAGGUCGUGACUAUGAUAAACGAUGGCUCAUCUCGUUUGCCGGAAAGCUUUCCGAAAAAGGUGAAUUAGUCGAAGAGUUCCGCUGCUAUGUCUCUGGUUGCAAACAGAGUAAUAAGCGUCGUGACCAUAUCCUGAUCCAUGUGGGUGCACAUUUGGACCAGAGACCGUUCAAGUGCAUGCACUGGCAAGAUAUUAGUUCGUCUCGAUUUCUGCGAAAGAACGAAUGCAAGCGUCACGAAUUAAGCCAUACCGGAAUUCGACCAUUUUCUUGUCAUCUUUGUCCCUCACCCGCUACAACCUUUGUGCGUCAGGACCUUCUAAAGCGACACAUGAAGAGGACACAUCAUAUUGAUUUCAAAGUUGACAAAGAAAAUGAAGAAAGUCAUCGUCCGAAGAAGAGAGCUAGAUAUUGA